AAAAUGUCUGAAAAAUCAUCGGAAUAUUUAAAACGCACCUGCCUCAUCUGUGGUUGUCACACAAAUCAAACCAUCAACAUUUAUGAGCCACGCAGUGGACCAAAUAUUGUACAACUUAUACAGGCCAAAUUUAAAUUCCAGCCCUUAAACGAGGAUAAAUAUUUAUGCUUCAGUUGCAAUAAUUGGCUGAUCAAUUGGCAUUCGUUACAGGCUUUAAACAGCAAUGAUGCCGAAAGUCCUUCGGGUACCUUUCGAUCCCACUUAAACAGCGGCAAUGUAAUGCAAGAUGAAAAAAGUUCUGGCUCCAAAAAACAAGUAGCCGUUUGCCGACCCAUUGCUCAAGUCAAACCCAGACAACUGGCCGAACUCGAAGAGCUGAGAGAGGCACCACAACAACAACAUCAGGAACAAUCUACUGUAGAGGCUGUACCAGAACUAACUGAAAGCAAUAAACCUGUGAGUAAAAUCAAUUUCAACAAGCGUAAUUUCCGUUUGCAAUUGACCAAACGUGGAGGAGCUAGAGUGCAGCAGAAAUCAAUGCAACAAUGUGCUUGUGGCAAAUAUAUGGUGGUGCGUAGCCAUAAAAACUCCCUGAAAACACCUACACAAACCGCAUUGAAAUGUCGCAAGUGUCGAGAGUUUUCUCGCUUGAGGGCCUGUUAUCUGCGUAGUAUUGUACAAGUGGAAAAAGAAUUGGCCCAGCGAGAAACUCCACUAUUUAUGGCACGUAAUUCACAAAAUCUAGUCACUGAAAUUGAAACAGAAGCACAAACAGAAAACGAAUGCCAAAGUAUACACCAACAUCAUACACACCAGCAACAGCAGCAACAACUGCAACCUCAACCUCAGCAAAUACGUCAUAAUUAUUUGCCAAAACCCUCAGUCGAUGGCAAAGUUGUCUCCAUGCUAAGGCGCUUGGGCACUACACUGUCUAGAGAACCACAAGAAAACGGAAGCGACAUCAACACCAACACAACCAGCACUUUACCACAAAUUAUGAGUCCCACUAAACCAAAAUCAAAGUGGUUGCGUCCCCUGGAAGAUGAUGAAGUUUUAGUCAAUUUCGAUACAAGCAUAUCGGAAGUUCUACCCUGUUUAGCAGAUCAAUUUACAUACGUCAACUCGUUGGCAGCCAGAAAACGUCUAACUUUUCAGGUUUCCGAAACGGCGGAAGUGAUUGAUUUGUGUGACGAAGAUGAGCACGAAAGUGAAGCAGAGGAAAAUUAUGAAGAACUCAUUGAAAUGGAGACACAACAAGAAGACAUUACUUCCACAUUCAAUUUACCCAAAGGCUUAACAAUUACUUUGGUUUAAAAUGCCAAAAAAAACACAACAAACAACUAAAUAAAGCAAAUUUAAUAUU